AUGUUUUAUAAAUCUUUUUCUUGUCGCCAAAUUUAUAUAGAUUAUAAUUGGGUAUAUCUAUAUGUUGUGGCUUUCCCUGACAUUCAUCCUAAAGCUUAUUUCAAUUACCAAUCUGAAGGAUGUAAUGCUUUGUUUUACUAUCUAUCUAUCUAUCUAUCUAUCUAUCUAUCUAUCUAUCUAGACUUGUUUUCUCUUGUUGCUGUAUCUAUCCCUGUUCUCUCUCUCAUCUGUCUUUCUCCCCUCUCACUUCUUGAAUUCUAUCUAUCUAUCUAUCUAUCUAUCUAUCUAUCUAUCUAUCUAUCUAUCUAUUACACUUUCUUUCUUUCUUUCUUUCUUUCUUUCUUUCUUUCUUUCUUUCACCCUAUCUAUCUAUCUAUCUAUCUAUCUAUCUAUCUAUCUAUCUAUUACACUUUCUUUCUUUCUUUCUUUCUUUCUAUCUAUCUAUUACACUUUCUUUCUUUCUUUUUUUCUUUCUAUCUAUCUAUCUAUCUAUCUAUCUAUCUAUCUAUCUAUCUAUCUAUUUAUUACACUUUCUUUCUUUCUUUCUUUCUAUCUAUCUAUUACACUUUCUUUCUUUCUUUCUUUCACCCUAUCUAUCUAUCUAUCUAUCUAUCUAUCUACAUAUAUAUAUAUAUAUAUAUAUAUAUAUAUAUAUAUAUAGAUAGAUAG